ACUCAACAUGUGAACUAGUCCUUUACGACCUUUACCAACACGUGCGAGAUGAAGUAGUUGAAUAAGUUUAUAAUUUUCAAGUAUAUUAAAAAUAAUGACAAUGUGUUUAAAUCUAUUAUAUAGAACGUUGUAUUUUAAUAAUAUAAAUAUAUUAAAACAUUCUUACAUCUCUUGUUAUAAUGAAACAAAACCUUUUUAUACUUACCAAAGAAACAAGAGUACAUAUUCAAGUGUUGCUUUUAACAGUAAACAAUAUCGUGAUUUCGAAGAUAUAAACUAUGACAAUUUAAAAGGAUAUAAGGCAUUGCGAAGAAAAAUGAUUGAAACUGGAAAAUACAACACUUUUACACAAAAAGGAAUUUAUAAUAAAAACGAAAAAAAAUCAGUUGAUUUCAAAUUAAUAGAUGUUAUAAAACGAGAAAGUUGGGAACAAUAUUCAAUUUCUGAAUGUGUUGAAAAAUUUCAAAUUCUCUCUAAUAAUGCCUUAAUAAACAAUGACAUUUUAUUUAAAGAAAUUUAUAUCCAUAUUAUUUUAACAUUAAUAUCAAAAAUAGUUAAUUUUAGUGAUAAUGAAUUAUUUACAUUGUUAAAAUGUUUGGAAUUAUGGCCAAAAAUUUCUGACACAAGAAAUUCAAUUGUACGUAAUCUUUUGAUAACAAUAGACAAUGAAUUAAUUAAACGCUCAAAAUUAUGGUCUAACAAAAAGACAAUGAUGUAUUGUGGUACUGUUUGCAAUUUAUGUAAUUUUUAUUCUAAUUUUGUAACAAUUUCUUUACAAAAAUUAACCUCAGAUUGUUCAAAAUUAAGUUCAAAAGAAAUUAUUCAUAUAAUGUGUAUUCUUUAUGUUUAUUCAUUGCCAAAAGAAAAAUUUUUACAUUUGGAAUAUUGCGUUAACAAUUAUUUCAAUAAUUACGAAAUAUCAGAAUUGCAAAUAAUUUGUUUAGCCUUUUUUACCUCACAAAUGGAAAUCACCAAUAAAGAUUUGAUAAAAAAAUUUUUAAGGAAAUUUAUAAAUAAUGUAAAUUAUUUUAGUGACAAUGAUCUAAGUGCAUUUUGUAAAUUAUUCCGAUACAAUUUUAAUUCAAAGCCUGAAUUCCUUGAAUUAUACGAACAAUUAUUUGAAAGUUUAAUUCCAAUAGUUCCACGAGUAAAUACUUUAGUUUUGACACAAAUUUCACAUUUAAAGGCUAAAACUAUGAUUUAUAAUUCUGUUUUAAUGUCUGCUAUUAUAAAAAGAUGUGAAGAGUGUUUAACAACUUCAAGAAUAAAAGACAUUGAAAGAGUUAUUUUUCUUUUAACAACUUUUAAUUAUCCUUCACAUGAAGCUAUUUAUAGUCUAAUUAUCAAAGAACUUAGGAGUUCACAAAGAAGAGAAGAAAAGAAAAAUUUUACAAAAGAAUAUGGAUUUGCACUAAGGCAUUUGAGUACAGUAAAUAUCUAUCCAUUGGAUUUAAUUUCAAAUGUUAUGGAGAAAAAACACGAGAUAUUACCAUUUGAAAAGGAGUCCAGGAAUAUGGGAAUAGAAAAUUACGUUUUGGAUCGAAGUUUAAGAAUAGAAUGUCCCGAUUAUAUUGGUCAAGAACUAGACAACAAAAUUUCUAAAUUUAUGUUAAAUAAGUAUAAUGACAUGCAAAAUGACAGUACUUUUGCAAAUAGGACCAAUCAACAAAUUCUUCAAAUUGUUAAUAAGAUAUAUGAGAAAGACGUUGCUUCUCUUUACAGGAUAUUACCCCAUUUUACACAAAACAAUAUUGUACUUUGCUUUGAUCAUGAUUAUAAUGCAAUUUCAGCUUUGCCAAUGUUAAAAAAUGUAGACAGUGACAUUAAAUGGAUACCAAUUGAAUUAAAAAGAAAAUAUCAUUGGGUAGCCAUUCUUUUGGCAGUGGAAACUGUUAUUAUCAGAAAUACAAAAAACUUCACUGGAUAUCUUUGUGCAAACGUGAGACAAUUAGAAAAAAUUGGAUACAUACCAAUUGUAAUACCGUGCUUCGAAUGGAAGUGUAACAAUCAGGAAAGAAAGGAAUAUUUAAAGGAGAGAAUAUUGAAUUCUAUUAAUUUAAAAACAAAAAAAUGAUAUUUUUCAAAACAUACUUUUGAUAUUUACAUUAUUUUAUUUAACAAUUGUAUAUAAUUCUAAUAAUUUAUAAAAUAUUUCUUUUUAUAAAAGAAGUCAAUAAAUGCUUAGCUAUAAAUUGUAA